AUGUGGAGAACAAUCUACGCCGAUUCAAAAAAGAUUGGAGAAAUAACGGUUGUUGAGCCUAUCUCUAAGCCACUUGACGCUUUGGUUAGAGAAAGAGAUGGGCCAUAUUGCACCAUGUCAAUGUUUCGAGAAGGCAAUACAAGGCCGGUGCCGACAUCGGUUGAGUCUGCUCACGUGAUACCACCCUCUCUUCUUCGAGACAUCGAGUCCGCGGAAGAGGGAAGCUUACUUCGCAUCCUUGAAACUUUUGUUUCUUCACCUAAUGUGGAUCGGUUGAACACAUUGCUUUCUAGUCAGAUUCAAAAUAAUGCAAUUGCUUUGCGUAAUCUUUGGUUACUUUCACCGAGUGUGCAUAAGGCUUUUCGGGCUGGUCACAUAGAAGUGCGGAAGAGUGUCGACGAUUCUGAAGACGUAGAUACCGGGGCUAUGCAAUUGGAGAUGUAUAAAUUGGCAUACAAGUAUCCCGAGCCACUCAAAAAUCUCUUCUUUGGAAAUGGAUUUCACUUUUCCGGAUCUCUAGAAUGGUUUGAGAUAUCUACAACAAAUCCUACGGAUCUUCCUUUGCCAAGCAAAUUUCUUUUCGAUAUCCACCGCCGUUUCACCACUGCUCUUCACCUUUUCAGCAUCGAGGAUCAAAUUCGUCGUGGCUGGCCUAAGCAAACUAGUAGCAUCUUACAGAAAGUAUUUAGAUCUCCCAUCACAACUUUCAAACGAACUUUUCACAAUUUGUGGUUGUGGGUACCAGACUCGAUACGAUUGCGCUGUUAUCGUCAUAUGUGGACCAUUGGAAAAUGGUUGUAUGGGCCAGAAGAGUUCCUUUCGGUCUUUAUAUCAAAAGAACACGGGGGACCUCAUGGAAUGAAUCAAAUGCUCUCAAUAUGGUUGAGCGAUACACCUCUAUCCCAGCCCCUCGAAGCGUCGAUGUUGUGGAAGACUCAAGCCAAGGUAUUACCUUCUUAGUUAUGACACGCCUAAGCGGGGAGAGUUUUCGACGUUUGUUUCAUCUAAUGUCAUAUGCGGAAAGAAAUCAAUUUAUGGAUGAUAUCGGAAACUGUGUCACACAAUUAAGGAAGAUCCCAAAGACUACUCCUUAUCUUUUUUCUGACACGCUGGGUGGUCCUAUGUAUGAUCAUCUCAUACCGAAUCGAAUUGGCGGUCCUUUCAAUACCGAGUUCGAUCUCCACACAUAUAUGUACAGUGAGGUAGACGAGGGUCAAUCACUUGCAGAGAUAUAUGAUGGGGAAGAAAAUAUACCUCAUGGCUACCAGUCAGUAUUUACACAUUCCGAUUUACACUAUUCCAAUUUGUUGGUGGACCAGGGGCGAUUCUGUGGUAUCAUUGAUUGGGAGUGCGCUGGAUUUAAGCCGGAACAUUGGGAAUUUACACACGCGAGCUUUGGUGUUUGGGGUAAUAAAUAUGAGAUGUCGCUGCUGCGAAGGAUAUUUGGAAAUCAAUAUGAUAAGAUUCUUGAAAAAGAAGAGAUCCGAUGGAGGAAUACUCUCUAGGCUUUGAAACAUGGAAGAUGGAAGGCUGGGGAACAAAAAUGACGAUGACAAGCCUCAAUGGUGGAAGGAACAUUUAUCUUGACUUAAAAAAAUUGAAAGAAAUACAGAUAAGAGCUUUACAAUUUAGAUCGCAACUAGAAAUAUCGGUUAGCGAUUUACUAAUAGUGACGACUCGCUGAUAAAUCAUGUUACAUAUUUUACAUGUAUACAUACCUAGGUACACCUUACAAAGUCUGCUUAUUAACAACGAUAUUAUAUACUAGUAUUCACUAAUACACAUGUACAAGCUAUCUGCCUUGGGUUCAAAUAGCAAGCAGAUCUAAUUUGGGCCGUCAACCGAUCAUCUUGUAACAAGUGAGCCUCUUCAGACUUGGCCGACAUACAAAAGUAUCAUGAGACUACGACACGACGAUAAUAAUUUGAAUUGACAAGUUGUUCGCAAGGAAGCAAGAGGAUCAUAAGGAUCCGAGAAUCUAGAUACAAGUGUGUACUAAGAAGAUGC